AUGUCCCGCGCCCUCUCCCGCCAGCCCCCGCCCUCGGCCUCUGUCAUGCUGCACGCUGCGUUCAGGGCUCAGAGCCCCACGCCAUCCCAGAAGAGCGCAGCAGCGGGGUGUGGAGGGGCAAACCGGCGAGAUGCGGGGAGACAAAUUGUGGAACUCAAACGCACGCGCAACAGCUGGAGCAAAGAUUUGAACCUCCUCUAUUGCGCCUUAUUGCCCGGCAUCGAUGGGCGACGAAGCGCGCCCCCUCCUCACCCCAGGUACGCGUCGGCGGGCAGCAGCGCCAGCGCGACGACGACGCCCCCGAAGCGCCAGCCGGUGGUGGACGACAACGUGUCAACGCCCGUGCCCUACGCGCAACAGCAGCGCAUCGAUGAAGACCGCAGCCAAGCCAACUCUCAGCACAAGCCACCCGACACACCCGCACGCGCCUUCCUGCGCAAGGCGGGCCGGACAGCGGCGCAGAUGUUUCCGCCGCUGACGUGGGCCGGCGGGUACCGGCUGGGCUUCCUCAAGGGCGACGUGAUCGCGGGCCUCACCAUUGGCAUCAUGGGCAUCCCGCAGGGCAUGGCUUACGCCCUCAUAGCCGGGCUGCCUGCGAUCGUGGGCCUGUACGCGUCGACGGUGCCGUCACUCGUCUACUCGCUCUUCGGCACCUCCAAGGAGCUGGUCUACGGACCCAUCGCCAUCGUUUCCCUUAUCGUCGAGCGCGGUUUGAGUCCGUUAGCGGAGCCGGGCACGGCGGACUACGCAGAGAAGGUGUACUUUAUGUCCUUUCUCGUGGGCAUCAUCUUCAUCAUCAUGGGCCUCCUCCGCCUGGGCUUCGUCGUCAACUUCUUCUCCAAGCCCGUGCUGAGCGCGUUCAUCAGCGCGUCGGCGUUGAUCAUCGCGAGCGAGCAGGUCAAGUACCUGCUCGGCGUGUCGUUCCCGCGGCAGGCCCAGUUCUACGGCACCGUGUACCAGCUGCUUCGGCACAUGAACCGCGCGCACCUCCUCACCCUCGAGGUCGGCCUCGUCGCGCUCGCGCUCCUCUUCGUCUGCCGGCGGCUCAAGCGGCGCCUGCCCUAUCUCGAGGGGCCGGUCAUCGCCGUCGGCCUCGGCACCCUGUGCGCGUGGCUCUUCGACUGGGAGGCCCGUGGCAUCCGGCUCGUCGGCGCCAUCCCCUCGGGCUUCCCCUCGCCCCUCCUCCCCAUCCCCUCCGCCCCCGACUUCCCCAUCGAGGAGGGGACGAACGUGGUGGGCGAGAUAUUCGAGUACUACUACCACUACACCGUGGAGCUGUUCCCGGUGGCCCUCGCGCUGGCGCUGGUCGGGUACAUGUCGUCGGUGUCGAUCGCCACCAAGGUGGCCGACAUGAAGAAGUACGAGAUCGACCCGAGCCAGGAGCUCAUCGCCCUCGGCCUCGCCAACUUCGUCGGCUCCUUCUUCUCCAGCUUUCCCGGUGCGGGAAGUCUGUCGCGAACGAUGGUGAACGCACAGGCCGGGGCGAAUUCGCCGUUGGCGUCGGCGUUUGGCGUAGGGGUGAUCCUGUUGGUCAUCUUCUUCUUCACCCCCGUCUUCUACUUUCUCCCCUACGUCGUGCUCGGCUCCAUCGUCAUCAUGGCCGUCCUGCCCCUCAUCGAAUACCAGGAGUUUUUUACAUUGUGGCGGUUGAAACGGAGGGAGGGCGUGCUGUGGAUCACCACCGUGGCUGCCACGCUGGUCUUCGGAAUCAUCAACGGCAUUGUGAUAUCAGUGGCGUUCUCGAUGGUGCUGGUGAUCUACCGCAGCUCGCGGCCCCACAUCGACAUCCUGGGCCGGCUGCCCGGCUCCACCACCUACCGGAAUGUGAAGCGUUUCCCGCAGGCGUUGGUCAUCCCUCGCAUGGUGAUCCUGCGGCUCGACGCCGCCCUCUACUUUGCCAACAUCGGUUUCCUAAAGGAGCGGCUGCGUAACGAGGAGAAAAAGAAGAUCGCGCCCCUGUCUCGGGCUCCCGGCAAGGACGUCGAGGAGGACACCAAGAAGCUCUACGGCGUGGUGGUGCUGGACUGGAGUUCGAUCAACGACAUCGACUACUCGGCGUGCGUGGAGCUCAUGAGCAUCGUCAAGGAGUACAAGGCCAACAACAUCCUCUUCAUCCAGGCGGCGUUGAAGGGCCCCGUGCGGGAUACGAUGCUGAGCGGGGGGCUGGUGGACCUCAUCGGCAAGGAGAACUUCUACUGGGACGUACACGACGCCGUCGUCUACGGCCAGCGCAUGCUCGAGGCGGCGUAUGGGCGCACCGAUGCGCGCCCGACCGCGUUCGGCGGUGGCGACACGGGGGAGGAGGACUUUGACGUCGACGAGUUUGGUACCGCCGGAAGCGACGAGAGCACCGACGUCGACGGCGGCGGCAGCAGCAGCAACUGCAGUGAUGAGGGCGAAGGCGAAGGCGAGGAUGGGCGGAGUGACUGCGCUGCGUGCGACGACGACGCGAAAGCCGGCCACGAGGGAAACCAAGAGCGGAGGAGGAGCGCGCGGCGACGUGAUCGGCAUCACCAUCACCACCGCCACGACCGGCGCCAUGGGAGGAGCACGAGCGGGGGCAGAGACGGAGGGCGACGGCACUCGUCACCCACGCGAGAGGGCGACCUGGAGGCGACGUCGGCGGUGGCGACGCGCGGUGAUGAUGCAGGGGGAGAGGGGGUCGACGAGUGCUACGACUACUCGCCGCGCAUCUUCCACACUCUGGAGACCUCGCCCGACCACCUGCCGCGCAGCUCGGGCCGCACCACGUCGCCACCGCCCGGCCUCCUCCAACGCACGCCCAUCGCCGCCCCGCACCCCGACCAGUCGUCGUGA